AAGCAUGUGGUGCCAAAACAUGUGAAUGAGCGAGCAGUUGUCUUGUUGUUGCUCGUGCUCUUUCAGCUGUAGCAUGGUAGGUUUAGAACUUGUCGUAUUGUCACCUUCAUACAUUUUCAAACCGAAGUGGUGCUAACAAGGCGUUUUCAUUUUUUUGUGCAGGCGAAUAUACCGAUGCCAAUGACGCGAAAGUUGAGCGAAUAGAGUCCCAUUGGACGCUUGAAGAGAAUUGCUACAUUUGGAAGCAUUAUCUUGCCGAAAUUGACAAGAGAAGAAAAGCCGCGGAGGUGAGUCACACUGAAAAUCGAAGGAUUUACAGAAAAAGCUCAAACAAAGCUUUUAGUGCGUCGCGUGCAAAAUCCAGGAUGCGA